AUGGCGGACGACCGAAUGUCCAUGAUUCCCUAUGGAUCGUCCAACCUUGACGUCGUACUACGCCACAAUGAUUCCGUUGUGGUCUUCGAUCGAGACUCUCGACAACUAGCCCUCAGGAAUGCCGCCGACAGCGAUGGCGGCCUUGAGUUCACCGAUUGUCCAUAUUGUCAUCGGCCACUGCGGGAGGACGGCGCGGGACAAGAGAGCCCUCAUGCCAGCCCGAAUGGCGCCCCUGAGUUCGUCAAUCCGGAGUACUUUCGCAUGCUUCAUAAUAGUCUACCUAGCUCUGCGAGUUCUUCACACCCACCCUCCCCACGUCGUCGUCUCGCUCAGCCCGCUCUUCCCGGCGGCCCAACUAGCGAUCCGGGUACCACGCGCGGUGCGCCUUCUAAAGAAGGGAUAUCGUCCGCGGCAUUUACACCGGAUUAUUUCAAGAAAUUCUUCGUCGAAGAAACUGUCCUGGGCAAGGGCGGGAAGGGUGUGGUAUUGCUGGUGAAACACGUAUUAGACGGGGUCUCGCUUGGUUAUUAUGCUUGCAAGCGGGUGCCCGUGGGAGAUGAUCAUGGGUGGCUUGAGAAGGUGCUGGGCGAAGUGCAACUGUUGCAGCAUCUAUCACAGCAGAAUCUUGUUUCCUACCGUCACGUCUGGCUUGAGGAUGCGAAGAUCAGCACAUUCGGACCCAGCGUUCCAUGUGCGUUCAUCCUCCAACAGUAUUGUAAUGCUGGAGAUCUGCACAACUACAUUUGUGGCUCGGUUCAAACUUCUACAACGGCGCAGCAGUUGAAGGAACGUCUCAGGAGGAAAUCCAAAGGGGAGCCCCUGCCUCAAUCCGAGCUGGCAGAGCCUCGUAAACUACACUUUGACGAAAUCUAUUCAUUUUUCAAAGACAUAACGUCGGGGCUUCGGUACCUUCAUGCCAAUGGCUACAUCCAUCGGGAUCUCAAGCCCAACAACUGUCUACUUCAUCAAACCAGCGAUGGGAUCCGUGUGCUGGUUAGUGAUUUCGGGGAGGUUCAAUCUCAAGAUUCGAUGCGUGGGUCGACCGGGGCUACUGGCACUGUAUCGUAUUGCGCCCCCGAAGUUCUACGACGAGAGUACCCGGGAGGUCCGUUUGGCAAUUUCACCUUUAAAUCCGACAUCUUCUCUCUGGGAAUGAUCCUCUAUUUCCUAUGCUUCGCCCAGCUACCAUAUGCCAAUGCGGACCUAAUCAAUGAAGAGAAGGAGGACCUCGACCGCCUGCGAGAAGAAAUCAGCCACUGGGGUGGGUUUGAUUAUGCACGCAGGAUGCGACCUGAAUUGCCCGAGCAAUUGUAUACCUUCUUAGAGCGCUUGUUGUCUGUUGAUCCUAACAGACGACCAUCCGCGGACGAGGUUUUAAGCGGCCUGCAGGUUGGAGCUAACGCCAAUGAUAAUAUGAGAUCCAGAAGAGGCAGCUCCUCCUCAUCGAGUCCUGAGACUCAUGCGGGCUCAAGGAUUCAUCCGAUAGAUAGUCCGGCCCCUCCUACCUUCCCUCGGCCGUCCGUCACCCCUAAAAAGCCCUUUUCACGGAGUCCGGCAGCUGUGCGCCAAAAUCCUCAAUACGACGCGAGCACCGAUGACCUCUCCGUUAAUGUCGAAGAUAUGGCCCACGAAGUUGAUAGGCGAUUAUCUUUCAGCCCCGAAAGGGACAUGAUGCUUCGGUCUAGGUAUUCGGGGACUUCCUCUCUUUCGCCACCUGGCCAAAACGAACCCCAUGAGCAAAUCCAUCAAACUAAUGAGCCUUCUUUACGACCUUUACUACCUCCUCCUCCAAGCAGAUUCUCUCUGGUCAGGUUUCUUCCUCCUAUGCCAGACGCACUUUUGGAUUGGCAGCUGCCGUUUGGGGCAAUUCAACUCGGCAUAUUUCUCGUCGAGGUCGUGUCUGUUUUCCAACCGUGCAUUCCACUCGCUGUCAACCCUUGGGUUCUUUAUCCUUUACUUUUACUGGCGGCGUUGAAUUUGCGGACGCAAAGUUUUAUUAUGCAGCUGCUUGUCGUUCUAUUGCAUCUCAUUGUGGUCAGCCUUAGCAUGCGUUUAGGGAAGUUAUGUAUUUGGCACUCCCCGAGGUGA